GCUCUGACAUUAAUUCGCGAACGCCGGCUGCUGCGUGCAGCACUUCGCGGUGAUACCAGUCCGCUCCGAGGGCUCCAGGCCCUGAGCGGGCCUCAUCUCACCUCGCUGUUGCGGCGUCUGGGGCGAGAUGAACGCCGACCCGACGCAGCUCAACGCCUGCUGCGAUCUGCGCAGGCCAAUGCCGUGGAGGCAAAUGUCAUCCACUACAACACUGUCCUUGACGCCUACUCCAAGGCGUCCGAUUGGGCCACGGUAUCCAAGCUGCUGUGCGACAUGGCAGCCGCCAAGGUCCAGAAGGAUGUCAUCAGCUGCAAUGCCGCUCUGGCUGCGUGCACCGGGGACGGUGGCUGGCUGCGGGCUGUUUCCUUGCUUCAGGCGAUGCAGGAAGAGACGAUCAGGAGUGACACCACGUCUUACAACAUCGCCAUCUCGGCUUUCGCUAAGUCGGCGUUGUGGAGCGAAGCGCUGGGUUUCCUUCACGGCAUGUCAAGGCAGCGGGUGCCGUACCAGAGCGACACUGUGAAUUCAGUCAUGGCCGCUUGCAACAAGGCGGGCAACUGGCCGACUGCUUUGGCACUGCUGGCGGAACUGCCGCAGUGGCAAUUGCAGACGGAUAUCUUCAGCUUCGGCUCCGCCAUCACCGCCUGCGCCGAGGGCGGCUUGUGGGAGCUCGGGCUCGAUUUCCUGGACCAGCUCACAGGCCAAAGUUUGGUCCCCAACGUGAUUAUCCGCAACGCCGCCAUUACGGCGUGUGCGAAUGCAGGGGAGUGGCAGCCGGCGCUGGCGCUGCUCAAUGCUGAGGGACCUCGAGACACG